AUGCCACAGAACUAUAAAGCUGGGGUAUCAGAGAAAAAGAAGACGAGAAUUCAUUAUAAACUUUUUCUUUUAUUACAUACAGCAGUGGAUCUUAAAAUUUCAAAGCAUGAAGGUAACGAUCAAAGCGUCAACUUAGCCCUUGAUACGAUCGUAGAAUUUGAUAAUAAAAACAAUGGAGAAGACAUUAAGUUCCUGGAUAAUGUGCAGAAGUUCAUCGGUAAAGUUAAAACAGUCAUUGUAAAGAAAAAUAUGCGACGCAAUUUUAAUGGUGUCGAUAGUAAAAAGUUAACUGACUUCAUUUUAAGUCUUAUUCAAAUGCUGAUAAAAUUUGAAGACAAAAAUUUAGAAGAUUUCCUUACUAUAGCCGGUAAAGAAUUUAAAAAAUAUCAUUACAAAGGUUGCAAAUUCUAUGAAUUAAUAGAAAAUUAUAAUUUAAGAAGGUUCUUGGCUAAAAAACUCGAUGUAAUGAAACAUACACCAGCUGAUGUGAUGAGACGCAGUUUAAAAGCUUUUGCCAGUAAAAUUGAGGAGGAAAAGUACGAUACGAAUGAAAAAGAACUAAUUGAGUACAUUAAUUCGUUAUAUGGACAAAGAUCUAUUGAAUUAUUUAACAAUAUUUUAGGUAGUCUUGAUGACUACGGACUAAAAGCGAACAAAAAUAUGAAUUUAUCAAAAAUAAUCAGUGCAGGUAUAAGAUCCAUAGUGUUUGAUUAUUAUACUGAAUUAAAUCGUAAUGCCAGAAUGGCACUAAAGACUAAAUUAAUUGAGUUUUUUGAGAGAACUAUGGGAAUUUCUACAUAUGCAACAAAAUCUGUUGAAGCAACUAAAAAAAAUAUUAUUACUACACAAGAAUCGACAUCUAAACAAAAGUAUGUACAACAAUAUCUAGAUUCAAGAAAUUUUGCAUUUAGAUAUAGUCGAGGGAAGCCGUUGUUUUCUAGUGUAAGUGUAAGUUAUAAUUCAAAAAAAGUUAGCAAUUUCUAUAAUAUUGAGUCACAUAAUCAGAAAAAUGAAAAUGACGAGGAAAUAGUAAAACCUAGCAAAAAGCAAAAAGUUUCAAACUCUAAACCCAUAAAUGGUUAUAAAUAUUUUACAGAGCCGUACUAUGAAAAAGAAAAAAAUAGAAUUAAUUAUCCGAUCAGCUACAAACAUGUAAAGAUAGAUAAAAAAAAUAAACGACAAACUUACAGAACUAUGCAUCCUGUCAAAGCGUCUAUUAUGGAUCAAACUGAUAAAUUACACAGUCAUAAAUUAAAAAAAAAUAGAGAACAUAGUAUUGUGACACCCAAAGAACCCAAAAUUAAAAAUAGUAACUUAGAUAGUACUGAAUUUAUCUCACAUGAACAUGCAAUGACAACUUUAAAACGAGCAGAAGAAAGCAAUAUGCACGAACACACAAAGGAACACCUUAAACACAAAUAUAGUAAUAAUAUUACUAGUAGUAGAUUAUUACGCGGCAAACCAUUGUCUGAUUCUGAGACUGGCUCAAAAUAUGAUGUAGAACCGUCGAUGAAUCACAUCUUUAAUCAACAGCCUAAAACUCGCAAGAUUAAAUUAAAAACAUCACAAAAAUUAACUAAGGUUUACGAUACUGAUAAUUCACUUAGCGAUGAUAAAAUAGUCAGUAAUAUAGUAAAAAUUCCGGAUGAUAAGUUAAGAACUGUUGAUGAACUUCAAAUAAAUCAAAGUGUUGUUAAAAAACCUAAAUCGCAAAAGAGUAAAGAUAUAAUUUUGAUAGAACCAACCAAAACAACAGAACCUGAAAGUAUCCAAAUUAUAGCAUUUGAUGACUUACAGUUUAUACAAAAAAGAACAACUGCUGUUCAAAAAUCUGCAAAAAAGUUACCGAAUAAAAUCAAAAUCAAAUCUUUAUUUGAAAUAAACAAUGACAAACUAACUAAUACACAACGAAUGACAUUCAAUAAGUUGACUUUCAUGACUUUGUAUCCUGAGUUCAUACAGAAGUGGAGUGCUUCAGGCGCACUUACAAAGAAACAACGCAACGACAGUAUCAAUCUGAAACAAACCAUUAGAUUUAUAAUCAGAAACACUCAAACACCAUACAGACAAAAGACAAAAACUGUAAGUUACAACAUACGGGCAAAAAAUACCGUAACACCGUCAAAAACUCUUAACAGACAGUUUACAAAACCUAGUUGGAAUAGAAAGGCGAUAACCAAAAAGAAUAAUAUGUUUAGGCCAGAAGUAAGUGAAGCAAAACUUAUAAGACAGCUUAUCGUGCGUGAAAAAUUAAAAGGCUUCAGACAUCCUGUAGAUGUAACGUCUAAAGUUAACAAUAAAAGCAGGAGUGAUUUAUCCACUGACUUAUUUAAUUCAGAAGAAACUAUGCCAACAAGGGAAAUCACGGAAGAAUUGGAAACCAAAACACCGUAUAAAAACAGUACAAACAAUGCUAGAAGAGAUUUUUUUAUUGAUUUAAACAGUGCCCAAAGUCCAACUGGCAAAGAAUUGAAAGUUUUUACUAAUGGACGAAGAUACGAGGCUAACAUUUAUAAGUAUAAAAAAAGCAAACCUCAGAAAUUAAUUAAAAAUAUUAACGAUAUUAGUAAUGAAAAACUGCGAGAAAAAAAAAUAACUUCCAUUGAAAGCAAUGAUUCGAAACAUGAUACUGAUGUUUCUAGUUACAAAAAAUCACCAACUAUUAAAAAUGUAGUUUUUCAAAAAACUCAAGACUUCAAUGAUGUUGAAAGUGAUAACAAUGAUUUCAAAAAUAAGGUUAAAGAUGAAAAUUUGAAUUUAAAUAGAUUCAGUAGAGCUGACAAUAAAUUUAAAAAGUAUAUGGAUCAAAAAUUUAAAUUUGACACAAAUAAAUAUAAACACAACUUGACUAGAAAACUUUUCAUUGAUCUUCAAAAUACUGAAGUGAAAAAUUUAAGCGUGGUUGGGACAAGUAAUGAGAAAAAUAAAAAUAUUAGAAGGUCAAAUAAAAGCAGUAUGUCAGAUGUUAAAAAAGAUACAAGAAGAAUGAUAAACGAACAAGACAUACAAACAAAGGCUAAUGCUGAGACUGAUAAAAAAUUAAACAAAUUGGAUUUCAUUCAAAAUAACAGAGACUCUUUCAAUGAAUAUACAAGUACAGUAAGAAAAAAGAAAAUUUAUUUUUCAUACUUAAAUGAUGAUGGCAAAACUGAUGGAUAUGAUUUAUUUUAUAAACAAAGGAUAGCAAGAGGUUCUAAAGAGAACAGCAGCGCAAUCAAAAAUCAAGAUGAUCAGUAUAAUUCAGAAUAUAUUCCAGUAACACGUGAACCUGAAAAAGUAACCCAAUUCUUAGAAGGUCGGAAAAACGAUAAAAAAUAUUUUAAAGAUACAUUUAAUAUUGGUGACAAGAACGUCUUAAAUAAAAUAAUUAAUCCGACGAAAAAAAACAUAAAAAUUAAUGAACUAAAUAACGAUAUUAUUAAAAAAGAUGAAAGCAAUAAUUUUGAAAAUGAGAUUGAUAAAAAAGAAAAAAACACCAAAACAUUCAUGGCAGAUAGAAUGAAUGAUCCUGGAACAAAUUCUGAUAAAAAGUUACAGACAAGUAAUUUUAACGAAAAUGUUGAUUCUCUUCAAACAAGUGAAGAUCCAAUUGAAAUUUCGAACAGUAUAAACAUUGAUGAUGGCAAAUUAAGAUUAGAAGAUGAUGCCAAUAAAUUAAAAGACAUGGGACAAAGCGUAGUAUCUACUGAAGUGACUGAAACUAUUCUCAAUAUACAACGGAGAGCACCUGCAAACCCUAACGUCAAAGAGGCAAAUAUUAAUAUAUCUGAUUUUAAAGAGAGACAAGAAGCCUCGGAGAGUAAUAUUAAAUCUUCAACAAUUUACUUUAAGCCCAUAGCAGUAACUAUAACUACAGAAAAAAUACCUUUAAAAACACUUAAUGUUGAUACAAAACAGAGCAUAACACAUGUUACAAAUACAAUCAAAAGCCAAGAAAUCAAUGCUAUAAAAAAUUCAAUAUCCAGUGAUCUAACUACAAAAAAUACAUUUAGAAAUGACCAAAAUGAUCAUAAAACAAAUACAUUUAAUCAAGUAACAGAUAAAAAUGAUUUACAAUUAAAUCAGAAACAUAUUACUGAUAUGCCUAAAAUUGUUCAUCAUAUCAAAGCUACUAAUACAACAUUAAGUUAUUUUAACGUUACUAGUGAUAAAGUUAGUAAAUUAAUUUAA